AUGGCAGCUUUGACAGCACUUGCCCGUUUCACGACUCGUUUCGCCGCACCGUCGAUCGCGGCGAGUCGCGUGCGACAAAAUGCGACUGUUUCCAGUAUCUCGAGCGUGGCGUUAAGAGUCGAACGACCUCUCCAUGCCUCGCGAACGGUGCAGCGCGCCGCGCAACGAAGCUUCCCCGCGCGAACAUUUUGCAGCGUGGCGAACGAGCAGGCGGAGGCGGAGAAGGCGGCGCAGGACAUGCUGUCGGACCUGGAGCCCGAUAACCGCGCACCCGUCACCAUCAUCACCGGCUUUCUCGGCUCCGGCAAGACGACGCUGCUGAACUACAUCCUCAAGGCGGACCACGGCAAGCGAAUUGCCGUCAUCGAAAACGAGUUCGGCGAGGUGGACAUCGACGGGUCGCUCGUGGCGGACGCGCUGGCGGGGUCGGAGGACGUGGUGGUGCUCAACAACGGCUGCCUGUGCUGCACCGUUAGAGGCGACCUCGUUAGGAUGCUCAGCGAUCUCAUCACGACGAAGAGGGACAAGUUCGACCAUAUUGUUAUUGAGACCACGGGUCUAGCCAACCCAGCGCCCAUCAUUCAGACGUUCUUCCUGGAAGAGGAGCUGGCGGAGGGGCUGCGGCUGGAUGGAGUGGUGACUCUCGUGGACGCCAAGCACGUCACGCGCCACCUGGACGCGGCAGAGAAGGCUGCAGCAGAGGGGUCAACGGAGGUCAACGAGGCCGUGGAGCAAGUGGCUUUCGCUGACCGGCUUAUUGUUAACAAGAUCGACCUUGUGACGGACAGCGAACUCAAGGAUCUCGUCGAGAGGCUACAGGAUAUCAACUCCAUGGCUCGCAUGAGCAAGGCGUCGUACGGCAAGGUGGAUCUGGACUACGUGCUCGGCAUUGGAGGCUUCGACCUCGAGAGGAUUGAGAGGGACGUGCAACCUCACAUUCUGAAUGAGGGAGCAUCCCAUGACCACCACCACCACCACGAGCACGACCACGACCAUGACCAUGAGCAUGAGCACUGUGGGACAUGCGGUGGCGAUCACUCCACAGAGGAGCACGGGCACGACCACCACCACCACCAUCAUGACCAUGACCACAGCCACAGCCACAGCCACUCCCAUGCGAAGCACGCAACAGGUGUCUCAUCAGUCAGCAUUCAGUGUGAAGGCAACCUCGACCUGGAGAAGAUUAACGACUGGUUGGGAGACUUGCUUGCGGAGAAGAGUGAUGACAUCUAUCGCAUGAAGGGUGUCCUGUCCAUUCACAAGUGCCGGGAACGAUUUGUCUUCCAGGGCGUGCAUGCUCUUUUUGAGGGUUCUCCAGACAAGCCAUGGGGUCCGGAUGAGAAGCGCUCCAACAGAAUUGUCUUUAUUGGCCGCAACCUGAAUGAGGCAGAACUUAAUGAAGGGUUCAGGAGCUGCCUUCAAGCUUAG